GCUUUUUAUUUAUAUUUUAUAACGCCUUUAAAAUCUCUCCCAUCGGAUUUGGAGGGGUCUCUCUCACGCUCUAAUCUCUGUAAUUUCAUCGUCGUCGUCUUCCUCCACUACGCCGCAUCCGCUCCCUGCAAAAAGCCUUCGCCAUUCACCGUCCGCCAUCUCAUUCCUUCUGUACGGAAAAGGACCCAUUUGCGCUCCUCACUUUUUUUCGCUCUUUCCAUUUUUCAAAAUCUUUUCUCUUUUAUUCUACCCUUUUUAUUUGUCGAGAUUUUUUAGCUUCACUCAGUCAGCCUUAAAGCUUUUAAGGGUACGCUUUUCUGACUCUGAAGAAUGUUUAUUGACUUCAAUUUAUAAUCUCUGCUGCCAGAUCUCCAUUCAUUUGUUCUUGCAUUUGUGUGCUUUGAAGGUGGAAGCUUAAGAGGUGGUGGUCUGGGUUGGGAGAGAAGAAUCAGAUCUAGAAGGAGAAAGAAUUAUGUCUUUCAUUGGCACCCAGCAGAAAUGCAAGGCUUGUGAAAAGACAGUUUACCCAGUGGAGGAGCUUUCUGCUGAUGGGAUUUCCUACCACAAGUCUUGCUUCAAAUGCACCCACUGCAAAGGGACUUUGAAGCUGAGCAAUUAUUCCUCAAUGGAAGGUGUCCUGUACUGUAAGCCUCACUUUGAGCAACUGUUCAAGGAGACUGGCAAUUUCAACAAGAACUUUCAGUCGCCUGCAAAGUCAGCUGAGAAGUUAACUCCAGAGCUGACUAGAUCACCUAGCAAAGCUGCUAGCAUGUUUUCUGGAACACAAGACAAAUGUGCUACUUGUGGUAAAACAGCUUACCCAUUGGAGAAGGUGACAGUGGAGAGCCAGGCCUACCACAAGUCGUGUUUCAAGUGUUCUCACGGCGGCUGUCCUAUUACUCCCUCAAACUACGCCGCCCUGGAGGGCAUUUUAUACUGCAAACACCAUUUCUCCCAGCUUUUCAAGGAGAAGGGGAGCUACAACCAUCUUAUUAAGUCUGCAUCAAUCAAGCGCACAGCAGCUGCAGCAGCAGCGGCAGCAGCAACAGUAGCCUCCAUUCCAGAAGCAUAAAUUCCAUAUUUAAAUGUUCGAUUACAUGGCUUUCGUUUGUUUGAGAGUGUUGCAUCCCUCUUCAACCUCACGCUUUUCCAUGGCGGAGUGAGAAAACUUGGUUCUUCUCUUUUGUAUUUGGCUCAUCAAUCUUGGGCACAUUGUUGUGUUUUGCUUCAUGUAUGUGAUUCUGGGUCCGGCAGUUAGUAAAAUGACCUUCUUCGGGA